GCAAACAAUCUCCAUCUACUGCGUCGAUGGAAUUUGGCUGAAGUCAAUGCUCAAGAGCUGCAGUCACUGCUCAAGUCCGACAUCACGGCUCCUCAUCUCUGUGAGGACUACAAUCUAGGGAAGUGCAAUAAUCCGGAGGGAUGCGUUAAGAUGCACCUUUGUGCGGGCGAGGUAAUGAGAACUUGCGUAAAAUGCGAACUGAACCAUGACAUCAAGGAUCCUCAGUGCACACGAUUGCUCCAUCAAGCACAUGUCAAACAAGAACGAACCAAGAAAGAAUGGAGAAACUACUUGAAAAGGAAGUGCAAGGAAAACGUCGAAGACAUUUUGAAGCAGAAGGGCGAGUGGAAAGAGCCACAAGCGCCCUCCCAGGAACAAGGCGCACAAGGAUACGGCAAAGCAUCUCUCGACCAGAGGUAACGAGACUUCAAGACCCCAGCUGUCACCUGCUCAGAAGAUGAAGG